GCGGUUGUGCCGGCAGCGACCGCCCUCGUCCCGCCCCGCGGCAGCCGCCGGGCACCAGGUACCGGCCAGGCGGCGGCUGCGCGCAUGGAGGCGGCGGCGGCCCCGGCCCCGGGCGGCGGCCCCAAUACCCUGUUGCUCUGCCUGGCACUCGCCUCCGGUUUGGCUUUAUUUGGUUGUGUGGGUGCUGACACAAAUGUCACCACUGACCAUGGAAUGGAGGGAUUUACCUGUGGCACAGCCCGGAGCUGCAUGGGGAAUGUUACACAGCUGAGGCGGCAGGGACACUUCUCCAGGUGCCCGGAGGAAUACAAGCACUACUGCGUCAAGGGGAGAUGCCGAUUCCUCAUGGCCGAGAAGGUGCCAGCUUGUGUGUGUGAGAGGGGCUACACGGGGGCUCGCUGCGAGAGGGUGGACAUCUUCUACCUGCGAGGAGACCGGGGCCAGAUCGUCAUCAUCUCCUUGAUUGCUGCCAUUGUCACCCUUAUCAUCCUCGUUGUCUGCGCCUGCCUCUGCAGUCACCACUGUCGGAAGCAGCGCAUGAAGAGAAAGGCGGACGAGAUGGAGACGUUAAACAAGAAUUUGCCUUCCAAAAGCGAGGACGUGCUGGAGACAGGCAUUGCGUGAAGGUACAUGGGGUUGGUAAUGGCGACUGAUCCCGGGAUAACGGGAGGACCCCCACGAGGGGCAGCCGCUCUCCCUCCCCUCUCUCUGCAGGAGCUCCAGGUACCUGCAGGCGGGUCCCGGACAGAUAGCGGCACCGGCUGGCUCGAAUGGCGAGGGCUAAAACUAACGGUGGCGUUAAUAAAGGGGUGAAAGGAAA